GAUCGCUGUAGAAACGAGCAGCGGCCACGUAGCACCUUUUCUUUUAUAUAUAUCUUCGUGUUGCUACCGCGUACCUUUUACGAGCCUCCUUCUAUACGAACUGCUAUUGUUUUUUUUUGAUGUAACAUACACUGGAUAAUCAUUACUUUUGACGCCCUAUUUUUUGUUUUGUCUGCUCCCCAACUGGCGGCGCAUCUUUUGUCGAUGUUUCCUCCCGCUGCGAAGUCGGCCAAGGCCGGCAUCCACCGCCCCGUCUUCCGAGUGUGCUACCUGUGCGGCCAGCAGUUCGGCAGCGCCUCCAUCGGCAUCCACAUCCCGCAGUGCUACCAAAAGAAGCUGAGCCAGUGGGAGAAGAGCGACUCCGGCAUCCGCGGACCGAAGCCGCGGCACCCCGACACGGUCAACUGGAAGGGCGGCACCGGCGCGUCCGCUGAUCAGGUCAACGGGGAGCAGUACGAGACGUUCAACUCGAACCUCGUCCCCUGCCCGAACUGCGGUCGAACAUUUCUGCCCGAUCGCCUGCCGGUGCACCUGCGCGGAUGCAAAGGCGGUGGCGGUGGCGGGGCAUCGUCUCCCGCUGCCCGCAACGGGAAGCCGACCGCGUCCACCACUACCACACGCGAGGCGGCGAAGAACACGGCGCGCAGUCCGAGCUCAGCCCGCCGCUCCCUGUCCUCUGGUCCGCCGCUGCUCCCAACCUGUUACCUCUGCGGCCAGCAGUUCGGCACCGCAUCCAUCCGCAUCCACGUGCCGCAGUGCUACGAGAAGAAGCUAGCGCAGUGGAAGAACGCCGACCCCCGCACGCGUGGGCAGCCGCCAAAGAACCCCGACUCGGUGAACUGGCGUGGCCGCCCCGACUCGACAGCCAAGGAGCAGGCCACCGAGCAAUUCCGCGAGUUCAUGAGCAACCUCUCUCCCUGCCCGAACUGCGGCCGCAAGUUCCUGCCGGACCGCCUCGCGGUGCACCUGCGCUCGUGCCGCCCGGGCAGCACCGCCAAGCCGCUGCCCACGCGCAGUCCCCCCACAGCCGCAGCGGCUGCCGACCUCAGCCCCACACGUGCGCGCACCGAGAAGAGAAUAGCGGGUGCUGAGGAAGCCAACGACGACGUUGGCACUGUGAGCGAAGUUGCACAGCCGGCGGCAGAUGCCGUGCCGACGCAGGUGAACGAGGACCGCCUCGACCCGAAGCGCAACCGCCUCUCCCGUACCUCGCCGGUGCCGAUGGAGGGCCGCGCGUGUCCGCAGUGCGACGCGGUGGAGUACGACGGAGACGCGAAGUUCUGCCGCGAGUGCGGCGGCACGUUGGAUGCGUCGCGGCUGCCGGUGCCGUGUGUGCACUGCGGGGAGCGCAUUCCCCAGGGUUCGCGGUUCUGCGGCACGUGCGGGCAGCCGGUGAACGGAGCCUCCGCGGAGGAGCGCACGCCCGGAGGGACGAACGAGAACGUCUCGACAGUGCGCGUGGUGGUGUGCCCGGCCUGCAAGGCGGUGUGCGAUGCGGACGGCAACUUCUGCGACAACUGCGGUGCCGCCUUGGGCGACACGGACAUCGCCCCCACACCACAGAAGGCAGCGAAGGCACGUCCCACCGCUUCCCCCGUUCGUAAAGGAGAAGCCACAGCACCCACGGCGUCGUCACGGCAGAGCGGCGCCGCAACGAAGUUCUGUCCGACGUGCAAAACACCGGUGGCGGACAUGGCGGCGACCUUCUGCGAGGACUGCGGUUCGCGACUGGAGACGGUGGAGGUGCCGGCGACAGCGGACGGUGGCCCGCCCAGCGCUGCUAACUCCACGUUACCGCCUGAUGCAGUGGCACGCUUUUCCGCCUCCCCAAGGAAGGCACCAAGUCCUUCCUCUUCCCGAAACAACGAUGGUGAUUCGCAGAAGGUCCCGAAGACCACCACGAGUCCUGCGCGCGCACAGCCCGCGCCGCAGGCUGCCGCUUCCACCGCCGUGCACACCUCACCGCCAGCGGAAGAUGCACCGGAGGCCGUCGAGGACGCGGCGCGAGAUACAGAGCGAUUGCCCUGCAGCCACUGCGGGCGGCGAUUCGCGCCGACACCGCUUGCACGCCACGAAAAGUUCUGCGCGACGCAGAAAAAUCGGCGCGUCUUCAACGCAGCGAAGCAGCGCCAGCCCGAUGACGCGCUUCCUGCUGCCUCCAACACAAACAAGAAACAAACCGCCGCCGCCGCUUCUGCUGCUGUCGCGGUGCCAAAGCACGAUUGGAAGUCGGAGAGUGAAGCGUUUCGGCGUGCGCUGCGCGAGGCGCGGCAGGUGGACCGGGUGCUCAAGUCGGGUGGUACGGCAAAAGAUCUGCCGCCGCCGACGUACUCGACCAAUCCGGACUACGUGCAGUGUCCGCACUGCCAGCGCCGGUUUGCCGCCGAGGUGGCACGGCGCCACAUCCCGCACUGCGCCAAUACGGUGAACCGACCCAAGCCACCGCCACGGCGCCGUUAG